AUGAUAUUUGAUUACUGUGAUGAUUCUGAUGGAACAGAUUCCGAUGAUGAAAAUUUUAGCAUGUAUGGGAUUCCACCAGAAGAAGAAGAAGAAAAACCUACUGCAAUUUCACCAAAUAAGAAGACAAGUUCAGGUAUAUUCAUUGAAGAACAGAAGGAAGAUGAUAAUUAUGCAAAGUUAGACUUGUCUUCUCUUAAGUUGGCUGUUGGUCAAUGUUAUGAAACAAAGAAGCAUUUGGAGACACGAUUGAAAAUACUAACCGUAGUAGAGAAGUUUGAUUACUACAAAUAUAAAUCGAACCCAAGGUUGCUAAUUGUCAAAUGCUGGGUAAAAGGUUUGACAGAGCGUUUUUCACGUACCCGACAAGCAACUCAUGAGAUUCUAGGAGCGUUGUACAAGGAUUUCGUUGGUGGAGUUGGGCCGAAGGUAUUGCCAAUGCAUGUUGUAGAAGCGUUAAACAAACGCUUCCAGAUCAAGAUGGAAUACUGGAAGGCGUAUCGGACACUACGACAUGCUCGUGAAUUGGUUAGGGGUAGUCCAGAGAGUGGUUAUAUGCAGCUAAUUACUUACUUGUACAUGUUAAAGAAGGCAAAUCUAGGAACAUAUACGCAGCUUGAACUUGAUGAUGCUGAUAGAUUUAAGUACUUGUUUCUAGCUUAUGGUGCAAGCUUGAAUGGAUUUCCUUUCAUGAGGAAAGUGUUGGUUGUUGAUGGUACUUUUUUACAAGGAAAAUACAAAGGGACACUUCUGACGGCCACAGCUCAAGAUGGCAAUUUUCAGAUUUUUCCUAUAGCAUGGGCCGUGGUUGAUACAGAAAUGAUGAAUCAUGGGACUGGUUUUUCAAACAACUCCGGUCGGGAAGCAUUUGGUUUGGUUAAGAAGGCGGCGAAUGCUUACAGAGUAGUCGAUUUUCAAACCAUUUUUGAUCAGAUUGAAGCUUUGAACCCUGCACUUCAUCAUUACCUUGUCCAAGCAGAUGUGCGACUCUGGACACAUGCACAUUUCCCUGGUGAUAGGUACAACUUGCUUACUAGUAACAUUGCAGAAUCAAUGAAUAAGGUGAUGUCACACGCUAGAAGUUAUCCUAUUGUGGAACUGUUAGAAACAAUUAGGUCCAUGAUGACUAGAUGGUUUUCAGAUCGAAGGAAUGAUGCAUUAAAAAUGACUACAUCUCUAACUCGUGGUGUUGAGAAAGUUCUACAGAGUCGUGUAGAGUAUGCUAAGCUACUUACUGUGCAAGAUAUAGAUGCUAAUCAAGUACAAGUUACAAGUGGAUCAUCUCUCCACGUUGUAAAUUUGAAAUAUAGAAGGUGUACAUGUCGCAGGUUUGACUUGGAGAAGUUGCCUUGUGCACAUGCGAUUGCGGCUUGUGAAAAGAGGAACAUAUCUCGAAUAUGGAUGUGUCAUCCUUAUUUCCGUAGAAGCUACUUGUGUGAUUCCUAUGCAACUGCCAUCAUGCCAAGAGAUUUUGGUACACCAGUUCCUGAACAAGUUGUGAGCAAGGUUGCUUUACCACCGAUACCUAAAAACAAACCUGGAAGGCCAAAGAAUUCAAGAAUGAAGUAUGCUUUGGAGAUUGCGAUGCAAAGGAAAAAACCAAGAAAACAAUACACUUGUGGUUUCUCAAAAACUGCAGGUUUCUCAAAUUCAAAUUCAAUGCCUUAA